AGUAUUGUCAUAGCAACCAAUUGUGUACCUCCAUUUCGAGCGAUACAACGAAAUUCUCACAAAUGCAUAGUAAUUAAUUUUCAUAUUUUACGAAAGCUUUUGCAGGUGGUAAAUGAAUACUCUAAAUACAAAGCAGUAUACGGCGAUCGUGAUAUUGCAGUACGCUAUAUUACUUUUCGAUAUUUCUGUCAAUUCGUUCGCAAGCUUCUCCAGGCAGCAUCCGGCGGAUUUACUGGUGCUUUACGUAAUUCAAGAUUUUUGUCUUAUUGCGAAUCUGACGCUACUCUUGGUCAAUUUCUUCUCUACUUAUAUUUUCCAGGCAGGAUUGAUACAACUGCUGUAUACGAGAUUCCGUAUAACAUUGAUACUAUGUAUUGUAUACAUGAUACUGUCCAUUAGUUUACACACAUGGCACAUUACCAUACAUUGGUCAGCGCCAUUAAAGCAUUAUUGGACGAGAGGGUUUCAUACUCUUUAUUCCAUGCAUAGAACAGUUGCAGUACUGUAUUAUUACUUUUACAAGAGGGCUUCCUUGAGAAUCGGUGACCCAAGAUUUUACAGAGGUUCCGCUUGGUUGCAAAAGCAGCUUAGUAUUUCAUGAAUAAUUACACGUGAAUAAAAUUGAGCAGCAUAUAUGAAGGAUGCAAUUGUAUAUAAUUUGAAUAUUUAAGCUAUUUAUAUAUUGCACUUAUAUUUAUACAAAUAUACAUUAAACUUACACAGCAUGGUAAUAAUGAGAUUCGUGUAACUUAUAAAUUUAUAUAUGAAAAUAGAUCGAUUUCUAAAUUUGGAUAAUCAAAUAUUUUAUACUUGGAAUCCCAUGGUGCACAUACACAUACGCACAUAAAAAUAUUAAUAGUAAAUUGACCAACCAUAGUCGAUUGUUCUUAGAUUAUUUUUUAGAGGAAUAAUUGACUGUAAUGUUGGUUAAUUAAUUUGCUGCUUACAUUUUUGUGUGCCAUGGGUCUCAUAAUAUUUACACAUAUACAUACGU